AAAAAGUCACGCAAAAAGAAUAUAUUUAUGAGUUCCCUAAAAGUCUACAAACCUUAGCAAAAAAGUCCAUAGUCUCCGACCAUCUUUUCUUCCUCACCACACUAAUUAUUUAUAUAUAUUGAAUUAUCCACUCAUUCAGACAAACAUAGUAUUAUAUUUUUAGCACAUAAACAUUCUUGUUCAAAAUUUCUAAAAAUGAAAAAUUCAGACAGCUCUAGGGUUAGAAAGUACAGGAAAUCGUCGGCCCCGCGGCUACGGUGGUCGCCGGAGCUCCACGGCCGCUUCGUCGAAGCUGUUGAAAGUCUCGGAGGGAAAUAUCAAGCAACUCCAAAGAGAAUUAUGCAGAUGAUGGCUGUUAAAGGGCUCCAGAUUUCACAUGUCAAGAGCCAUCUGCAGAUGUACAGGAGCAUGAAGGAAUCCAUGGCCAUGGGUUCAAACAAUUUUAUAGCAAACUACCAACUAAAAGAAUCCGAAUUUAUCACUUUAUUCUCUCCUCAAAGGCAAUUUUCCGAAGGUCUAAAUGAUAGAAUUCGAGGGAGAAGGAGAAGUACCCAAAUCGGUCAAAAUUUAUUUUACCAUCAACACUUGCAGGUGCAAGGUGGAAAUGGAAGCAUGGAAAUCAUGGAUGAGAGAGAAGAGGAAGAAGAAGAAAGUGAGAUUGAAUUUGGAUGGACAAAUAUAAAUAUGAGUGAAAUAGCACAACCCAAUGAACUUACUACCUCAACUUCAUCUCAAUCUUGUCCUCUCAAUUUAGACCUCACUAUCUCAAUCUCAUCACACUAAUCUAUUUGAUUAUAAUUAUGUUAGUGUCCUACAUUCUUUUAUUUCAAAUAGAUAUUGCAAGUCAGUUCUAAUGUUUAGAUACAGCCAUAUCAUGUAUAUUAUUAUUGUAAUCUCAUUUUUAUUUUCAUUUUCA